AUGUCGUUCUCCCACCCUCGUCGAAGGACUCCGGUGACUCGCCCGGACAGCGACACCGACAAUGUCUUGUCCCUUAAGACCAACUCUACCCUCCGUAAGGGUGCGACCUUUCACUCUCCUACUUCAUCAUCAUCAACUUUGGACCUCACGUUUGUCCCUCCCACUCUCCCUAGAGCUCAGUCCCAUCUGGAUGAUGUCGUCGAUGCCAACCGUCGACGUGUGGCCUUGACUCUAAACGACAUCGACGAGGCUCUGGCUAAGACCAACGAGCUCUCUCUGUCGCCAAAGCCCAAGAUCAAGACUCUCCGAGACACCAGUCUCCCCAUUCCUCGCGGCUUCCUCGAGGGACCUAUCGUGGACCCCAAGAUGGUUAAGGAAGAGAGGCGUGUGUUACGCCCGCGCUCUGCUCGCCACUCGCGACAUCAUGAGUCUGACAGUGGUUUGGGUACGUCGGUGGCUACCACAAACGAGAAGCAGGGUGCAGUCACUUCCUCAAAGAAGGAGACAAAGGUGCAAACACGAUGCAUCACAAGAUCUGCUGCAGCUGCUGCGGAUAAGCUUCCAUCCCUGCAACCAAGAGCCGUCAACCGCAUUCACGAGCACACUUUGCGCCCUUUGUUGGCCAAGCCCACCCUGAAGGAGUUUGAGCCCAUUGUUCUUGACAUCCCAAGACGGAUUCAAUCAAAGGAAAUCAUUUGCUUGCGAGAUCUUGAGAAGACCUUGAUCUUUAUGGCACCGGAGAAGACCAAGUCAGCCGCCUUGUACCUGGAUUUCUGCCUUACGUCCGUCCGAUGCAUUCAAGCGACCGUCGAAUAUCUCAGCGACCGCGAACAAAUUCGACCAGCUGACCGGCCUUACACUAACGGAUACUUUCUCGACUUGAAGGACCAGAUUUUACAAUACGGAAAACAACUUGCCGCUAAGAACAGCGGUGACGAAAUGGAUAUCGACGCAUCUGACGAGAUCAAGCUGAUUGGUGGUCUUGCUGAGAACGGCCGCCCCGCUGAGCUCGUCCGCGUCCGCAAGGACGGUACUUAUAUCUCUCUGGAGACGGGUAAGCCUGUCGCAGUUGACGACGACUCACCCGUCGCGAUGAAGCGAUCCCUUAGCCAGCAGCUGGAGGAUGAGGAGGAGAUCCAGCGAUCCAUGGCUCGCCGUAAGAAGAACGCUUCUCCUGAGGAGCUGGCUCCCAAGAAGUGCCGUGAGCCCGGCUGCAACAAGGAGUUCAAGCGUCCUUGCGACCUCACCAAGCACGAGAAGACUCACUCUCGUCCCUGGAAGUGCCCUGUCCCGACUUGCAAGUACCACAACUACGGCUGGCCCACCGAAAAGGAAAUGGACCGCCACCACAACGACAAGCACUCUGACGCCCCUGCCAUGUACGAGUGCAUGUUUAAGCCUUGCCCUUAUAAGUCGAAGCGUGAAUCAAACUGCAAACAGCACAUGGAGAAGGCUCACGGCUGGACCUACGUACGAACCAAGACGAACGGCAAGAAGUUGCCUUCGAUCAACGGCAGCGUUCAGCAGCAAACUCCUCCUCUGGGUAACAUGUCAACACCAUCUUCAAUCGAAUACAACGGUGUGCCCACUCCUCCUCAAAAUGACGUGACCCAAUUCAUGGGCAAUGAUUUCCCUCUCUACCCCACCGAUUCUGACUGGAUGUCGAUCAACAAUAUCCCCGCUGAGACACUGCAUCUGGAUAUGGGUCUUGACUCGACUUCGCCUGCUUCAGCUAGUUCCUACGAGCAGUACGCGCCAUACCAGAACGGUUCAGCUUUCAUCAUUGCUGACGAGGAACUUUACGCCGCCCGCGUUCAGCUUCCAGCCCAGCUCCCUACCCCUGAGCAAGCCAUGAUGUACACCAACCCCAAGAUGAUGCAACAACUUCCCAUGUACCAGCAGGCCCCACACCAGAUGCCUGUUCAGGCCGCUGCACCUCACUUUUCACCAACCGGCCAGGAAACUGCCAUGCUAUACACUCCCAACUCACUAAGGGACGUCGAUGAGGGAUUCGACGACUCUUUUGGUGGAGAUGGUAUGGACGGAAUGGACUUUCCCCUUUUCCCCACUGAUAACGGCAUGGUAAAAACGAAUGAGUUCCAGCCGCUCUUUGGAGAAAUUCCCAGCGCCAACUUGGGCUUCUCUCAGGGAUCCCAGGAUCUCUUCCAGAUGGACUGGUCAAACGUUGAUUUCACGCAGAACCUCUCGGACUAG